UGGGGUAGGGGCCGAGGGGACAGCUGUCCCUAGCUGUCACUCUGACACACAAACAGCCCAGGAGUGUUGGGGACAUGCUGCCCUCACUGCUUCCACCUGUCAGAACUCUUUCCGGACAGCUCAGUGCCUAAAGCACCAAACCGAGGAAAACAAUCUGUAAAUCCGCGUGCUGUCCAACUGCGCGUCUUCAGAUUGUGUGGACCACUCCCGCAAGGCAGCGAUCCAACUGAUUCACCCCCCCUCCCCCCCCCCCCCCCCCCCCGCGCUGACCUAAGCUGCACGCAAGCAGUCUGACCUUCAUCUCAACAUGGCCCAGUAUGACCAACUAGACGACAAGGAUUCCUUGGACAUCCAUGACAACCCGCCGGUUCCGGAGAACGUUGUCAAAGAAAGCGACAACAUGGUGUAUUUCGUCUACGACGAGGAGGUGGAGGAGGAGGAGAAGGAGGAGCCGCCGCCCCCAGAGCCGGUCAAGCCUGUCAACGACAAGCCCCACAAGUUCAAGGACCACUACUGCAAGAAGCCCAAAUUCUGCGACGUCUGCGCCCGCAUGAUAGUCCUCAACAACAAAUUUGCUCUGAGGUGUAAAAACUGCAAGACCAACAUCCACCACCAGUGCCAGUCUUACGUGGAGUUCCAGAGAUGCUUCGGCAAAAUCCCCCCCGGCUUCAGACGGGCUUACAGCUCUCCUCUCUACAGCAGCCAGCAGAACGCGACCGUGAAGGAGCUUCUGCCGUUCUCGCAGUCCAACCGCACUGACCCCGUGUUCGAAACGCUGCGCACUGGAGUCAUCAUGGCCAACAAGGAGCGCAAGAAGGGCUCAGAGGACAAGAAGAACAUGAUGAUGAUGAUGAUGGAAGAGGAGGAGAUCCCGCCCAAAGUUGAGGAAGGUGGAGCAGAGGGCGGGAACGCAGAAGGCGAUAAGAAAGGAGAGAAAUCGGCAGCAGACGACAAGAACAAGAAGCCCCAGCCGGAGCUCGGCGUCUUCUCCCAGUCGCACUAUUAUAUGGCCCUCUAUCGCUUUAAGGCCAUUGAGAAGGACGACCUGGACCUCCACCCCGGCGACCGCAUCACCGUGCUUGACGACUCCAAUGAGGAGUGGUGGAGGGGGAAACUCGGGGAAAAAGCUGGUUUCUUCCCGGCAUCUUACAUCAUUCGGGUGCGAGCCGGGGAACAAGUCUACAAGGUGACCCGCUCCUUUGUCGGGAACCGGGAGAUGGGGCAGAUCACGCUGAAGAAAGACCAGAUUGUGGUCAAAAAGGGCGAGGAGGUGAAUGGGUACCUGAAGGUCAGCACUGGACGCACUGGAUUCUUCCCCGCUGACCUGCUGCAGGAGAUCUGACCCCGUCUUGGUCCAGAACCCGGUGUCACAAAGAGCCGACGUGAACGCGUCCGCUUUCUCAGCCCGACACUCGGACAGUGAUCAAGAGCCCUGAAAGAAGAACUGGUGAACAAAGGGGUUUCUCACAAGUGCUGACCAUCUGUUGUGAUCUUCUUGGAAGGGCACGCCACAGUGUGCGCACACUUCCCCCGCAGAAAACACCUUUUUUUUAAAAUAACGCUUUGAGUUUAACCCUGCAAGAAGAGAUGCUGCAGCUAUACGCUGCCCUCAUUCAUAUGCCAUGUUAUCCUCCUGCAAUCAUUGAGUGUUUUAGACUUUGUACAUCUGUAAACAGAGUGUGUUGUCAGACCAUUUUGUGUUUUGUAGUUGUAAGGCUUAGCAUUUGUAAGCUCCCUAACCCUCCAUACACCCAACUGCUUCUAUCAGGCCCCACUAGCUGUGAUUUUCGCCGCUUUCAGACCAUGGUCUCCUUGGAUUUUAAUGUCAUGGUUCCCGGCCUGAAAGCUGAGAUGUGGCGUUCUGCCAUUUGUGCUUUAUUUACAGUUUACUGUUUUGUUUAUUGUGUUUAAGAUCCAGGGGCUUGGAGAGGGCAGAAAUGGUUCCAUCCUCACUGUGAGUGACAGGCGUACUGGGAGGUACAUUACGGUUAGGGGUGUGCACACAUGUUCCUGUACAGUCAGCGAGACUCUGCAGCCUCUUCCUUGCAGUCCACCCAACAUGUAAUUGAAACUCCACACAAAUCAUGUUCCUGUCUGCAUCGGCAUGCUGUUUGCAGGGACUGAAUCCCUCAGCCCCCCCCCCCCCCCCCCCGGCCUCGUCCGUUGAGUCUCCCCUGCCACACCCUGGCAUGGUGGGCCGCACCUUUGAAUGCUGUGCCUCACCUUAAUGCACUGAGCCACGCCCCCUGCAGCCGAGCCACACCCAUUGCAUUCUGACCCUAUUAAGCCGCAUCCUUUCCAGUCAGGCCACGCCCACUAUACACUUCUCCACUGCUCUGCUCCACUGGCCCAACAAACUGUGCACUGUUAAAACAUUCACGGUUCAAGCUGAAAGGGGUGUUUUCCCUGGAUAAAUGAUGAUGGUGAUGAUGAUAAUAAUGAUGCUUUCAUUUAAAGUAAUAUGCCUUUAAAUAAAGUGAUUCUACCAUCCUG